AUGUCGUCUGCGAACGCACCACACAAGUACCUAUUGGGUACGACUCCUCGCAGCACGCGGUCGGCCGCGGCAUCGCCCAUAAAGAAGGAUUCAAUUAAGGCCUUGGGCGCGACUCCAGUGCAAGCGAAGCCCCAGACUACUCCACACCGGUCGCAGGCUGCUGGUGGUGGGAGGAGAAUGACGAGGAGUCAGAGCCGAGAAGCGGAGGUGCCGCGCGGGAGCGGGAAUCAUCAGGAGAAAGCCCAGCCUGGACUGGAAUCUGUGGAUGAAGAAGACACCAACGAUAGUGGUUCGUUAGAAGUAACCUCGAAUGCUGCAAACCAGCAGUUGAAUGAUGAACUGGAACAUCAAGCCGUUCCGGAAUCUCCCAAUGGCCACGAUGUAUCUGGUGCUACGCUUGUUCCCAUGGAUCUUGACCCGGAAGCUGGUGAAAUUGAUUUGAUUUCCAUGGCUCAGUCGCUCCCUUAUUUGCAACGAACAUCUACUGAGCUUCUCGAUUUUUUCGCUUCUAGCUUCUCGUCACCUAGCCGUUUUGCAGAUUUGGCACGAGAAUUAGCAAAUCCAAAAAGCAACCAGUCCAGAAAAUUAGAGUAUUUAAAAACCAACUUUUUCACGCAACAAGAAUACUUCGGCUCCGACGUUUAUCUUUCAGUUGAAAAACUAGCUGCUAUCUUCCCAACUGUCGAUUCUGCGUCCAAGACCUGGCGCGUGGAUGGCAUCAUCUAUAAGUCGAACUGUGCUCAGUUUGCCUUGGAAAUUCUCACCAGAAUCGCAAUGACAAACGACACCGAAGAAAGCAUAUGGACACUUGAGGGAGCGUUCCCGUUGCCGUUCCUAAAUGCUCUGGAAAGUGGCAACGUAAUUGAGAGUGCAGGGAACAGCGGCUUGCGACGGCCAACACUUGAUUUGGCUAUUGAAGUGAGAACUCAGCUCCUGAAGAUCCGCCUCCUCGUUGAGAAGGACAAGGACCCGAACGCGAUACUGGAAGCUGUGUUCUUCAACGAAAUUCUCGACUCACAGCCAGCGGCAGACGCGGUAUCUCCUCUCCGAGGUUUUAAUUUGCCAGGGUUCUUUCAAGACGAGGAUGGAAAUCUACCCGAUAAAUAUUUUGAGGAUGUUCAAGAACGCGUACGUGAAAUUCGAGCCUGUUUCAAAGAGCAGGAUCGAGACGUUUUUAAUGCACUCGAGGAACGCUUCCCUUGGGAAGAAUUUAUCUUUUCGGUAGCGAAAUGGCUCCGUGCACGGAAUGAUGAGCUCAACCGUCACCUGGCUCAACAGCCCUCGGUGGAUGACAUUCACGAUCAAUUGGAGGAUGCAAUUAACCAGUCGGAGAUAUAUGACUCUGUUCAAGAAACGCAGACUGGGGAGCCAACUUCUCCAGAAGAACAAGCCAAUCAGCAGCGUCGGCGUGAGUUACUUCCCGCAGCCGAGAUCAAGGACCGGCGUGAAGCAGGCGAACGAAAAUCAUUUAGUGACAUGGAUUCCCUUGUAGCUUUUGCCAGACUACAAAAGCAGCUAAAUUCCGGCAAUCUCAAAACUCCCGCAAGACACAACGAUUUUGCUCCUCGACUCUCGAAACUUGCUUCUAAACCGGGUGGGAGAAUAUCGGUUCCGGUCACACCUGCUCCAGCUAUUGAUUCUGGCGAUGUUGACCAGCAAUUGGAACCUGAUAUUCGCGGAAACGGAUUUCAGCAGAGUGUGACUGGUCAGCGACGACGAACUUUGCUUGAGCAGUCAAGAGGGACGCUGGCAACCAAUCAAAGGUUGUCAUUGCCGUCGCAGAGCGCGUUGCACGGAAGAGAGCGCGGCCUUGCUCCGGGAUUUAUCGAUCGCCAAGCUAACGCUUCUAGAGUGUCCCCAAUUGAUUCUCAGAGAUUGGGUAGUGGUGGUCCCAGCUCGUCCCGUAAACGUACGAGAGAUGCAUCCUUUGAGGAUGACGAAGAUGAAGAUGGAGAAGGAGAAUUUGAACUGGACAGCAGGCGCAUUGAUUUGCAGAACAGACGUGGCCAGAAACCGAUCCAAAAUGCGAAACGUCCAAGAUAUGAUAAUGAGCUUGAUGGUAGACGACAAGGAGUGUCGAAUGAGACCCGAGUGAUCGCACGCCCUGCAGAACGAACGACCGCUCCUGUGCCUGUUCCUCGUCCUCCCCAUCACUCAUCCCCGCAAAAGCCGCCACAAAUCCGCCGACCAUGGACAGCAGAGGAAGACCGCCAAUUUAUUCGUCUUAUUGAGCAACACGGCACAAGUUGGGCAGAAAUUAAAUCCCAGGAUGAGACAUCGGAAUCGCCGAAACUCAGGAAUCGAGACCAGGGAAACCUGAAGGAUCGAGCACGUAAUUUGGUUAUGAUUAUGUUGAAGUGA